AUGUCGGAUGAUGGUAAUAAUCAGUUAAUUAUUGAAUUGUCAUGUGUGAAUGACAGUAGUCGAUCAACAUCAAUGAACAACCAAUUGUUAUUUGAAAAAUUAGACAAAAUUGAUGAAAAAGCACCUCACCAAGUUAUGAAAGUAAAAGAUCAUAUUCAAUCUGCAUUAAAAAUGAAUUUAGAAGAAUUUAAAAUUGUGCCUCCAAAUAAAUCACAGUCACGACAAUACUCAGCUGAUUGGUAUCUCAAAUUUGAUGAACUUUAUCGAAAGAACCAUAAGAUGUAAAUUAAUCAUGAACUUGAAUUUACCAUAAUUUAAGUGUAAAACAAAUUAAUACAGAAACCAGUGACAUAUCAGUAUCUAUAUCUAGUUAAAUUUCGUAAAAUUGAGUAUAUUUUAAAGGUUCUGUUACUUGUGUAGUUUUGUUCAUAGGUAAUUGUCAUGAAAUGAAGCAUUAUUUAUAAAGAAAUGCUAGUGCAAUAAAGUUGCAAAAAGACUGAGAAAAAAGUUCUCCAGGUAUCAUAAGGCGGCCGCGCCGCUCCUCAAAGAGGUUUGUGGGCGGUGGCCGCCUCCGCUACUGCAUUAAGGUUUACAUCGUCUUCCGCGCCGCUCCCACUCCAUUUUUUGGGUGCGGUGCACAUCUCUGGUUCGCACCAGUCAUAUUUUCAGUCGACGAUAAGUCACAUUUUAUUGAUGCAUUUUUUUUUGUUGCUAGGUGUGGGUGUGGGUGUUGUUGUUAAUCUUGCCUUCAUUCAUAGCCACACCCACAUCCAUACCUACACAACCACACUCUUGCUUUUUCUUUUUUAUCUCAAUUGCAAAAAUUCGCAGACACAAUGAACUGAAAUAAAAAAACAGUCUAUAGAUAGAUCAAGUUAUUACCAUUGCUAAGGUACUCAUGGAUUGUCUUUUAAUUCAGCAAUAGCUUUUAGAAAUAAUCUUCGAUGUAAAAUUGUCAAUACACCGAAUUCUUGUAGAAUAACAUCAUCCACAUAUGUUAGCAAAACGUGGCUGUGCCGAUAUUGAUGGCACGCUUCGAUGAUUCUCCUUCCUCCUCCUUCUGUUCUCUUUCAAUUGUUCUAAUAUAUCUCUCUUCUGUCUCUCUUCUAUCUCUCUCCUAUAUAUACAUGUGUUAUGCAUGAAAUUGUUACACUCUGGAUAUGUGAAGAAGCGAAUAAACAUCAUUGCCGAGAGUGGCGGUAAGCUACUCCACCUCUAUUCAGUUUGUCAUGACGUAUCAAGCCAGUCAGGGCCUUAUUGAUCGUUACAGUGGCCGUUGAUACCGUGCUUGAGAAACUCUUUUGAAUAAUCUUUAUUAAUAUCUUUCAAUGACUUCACCCAUCGACAAACACUACCGGUACCCCAUUGACUACAAUCUUUCAACAAAGCUAAAACGAGAAAAUCAAUGAAUCUCAAGAAAAAUAUUUCAGUGUAUCGUUACCAUCUCCAUUAGAUAGUAAUCUCACUUUGACACAUCCAUCAGCAUAAUGACCUUGAGAACAACAUGUCCACCAUCCUUUAACAAAAUUAUAUUCUACACUCAAAAAUCUCCCUGGAUGAUAGCUGUCUUUUUGCAGUCCUGGUUGACAGCAACCAAUAGAAUUGGGUCCGCCUGAUGCACAGCCUCUCUCUUUUCUGUUUCGUUCGUCCCUUGAUGCUUUACAACAUGACCAUUGAUUCUUUACCUCAUCGAAAUCACCAAUAUGGACAUAAUUCUCAUUCUGUCUGUACCAUUCAUUAGCUUGGUGAAACAAUUGAUUAACGAAGUUGUCCUUUCUUGUUGCAUAGUCUGCGAUUGUCAAAUGAGGUUUGUUUGCUAUUAAAGAUUUCUUGUGUUGACUAUAUGCAUCACGAGCAUCAGGAUGAGCACGAAGGUAUUCACGAAAUGCAAUCAGAUUGUCUCUUUUCCAGUGGGUAAAUGCAUAAUCCAUAACAAUAUGAAUUAUGAAUCCUUUCUAAAAAAAAUAUAUUUUUAUUAAUAGAGCGAACAGUAAAUAUGGCUUUCUCUCGGAAUAAGCUACUUUUAUCAAAAUGUCGUGGGAAUGACUAAGGUAAUGCGCUCCGUGUUUAUGCUUGUAUCCCAUGCUCAGCAAAGUUUCGAACACUUGAUCACUUCGACCACCGUCUCUCAUUGGUCCUUGAAUAAUGAGCAUAUCAAUGAUAGGCUUGGCAUACAUUCCUUCUACACUUGUACUUCCUAUGUAUUCCAUUUCUAACAUUAAUAACUGAUCAUGUUCACAGCAAUUAUCGUUGAU